AUGUAUUCGUGCUUGGCCACUGAUCCUAGUUUUCGUAGAUGGCAUGCACGUAUGGUGAAUCACGGUCCCACCAAAGCAAUUUUUGAUCUUGCUAAGAUUUUGGAUCUAUUAAAAAUUACCCUUUAUUCCCCAACUUAUGACCUAGUGCUUUUUCCAAUCGCCCUUAGUUUUUGGUUUUCUGAGUACAACACUUUUGUUUUUCCUCUUGGUCCAAUGUCUAUUACUCUAAGGGAUGUUGGAGCUCUAAUUAAUUUUCUGCCUUUGGAUGAUUUCAUUUUCCUUGGCAUUUUGAUUGCCGGCGUUGCCCCAAAGUAUGACAAGAAGCUUACUGAAUCUUACUUGGGCAUACAAGGCCUCUAUACUGUCUCAAACGCUGAGCCUUCUCAUGUUGAGAGAGUGGCUUUUCUUGAGGAAACAAAUGCCAAGGCAGGAGUUGAGAUAUAUGCUCCCCAAUUUUUUGCUCGCCAACUUGGUUUUGGCCAAAUGUGGCCUGCUCCUCCUUGUUAUUUUAGAAACUUAACAGAGCGUUUCUAUACUAUCAAUAAAACCAAGGCACAAGCCAUUGAUGCCCGCAAUAACCUUUUGGCCAAAGGUUUCUCUUUAGCUCAUUUCAAUCCUACUGCUGUCAUGCACUCCAUUUUUGACCAACUCUGGCCAUCUGUGAAACGCAGGUUGUUCACAACUGAUGCUAACCAUGCCUUCCACUUGCUGGAUAAACCAUAUACUUCUUCUACUUUUCCUAUUCAAGCCAUCCCUGUGUCUAUUAGGAAUCCCACUUCUUCUCCUCAAUUACCACUUACUCGCGCUAAACGUCCUACUCUUCCACCUGCUUCUCCACCUAUCCAGGCUACUACAGCCAAAGUCUUAGCAGCUCCUGCUCCAUCGCCUCCUACUGAAGUUACUUCAUUCAAAUCAUCUGAUGAAGGGACUCUGCUUAAAGAUAAAUCCUUAGUUUCAAAGUCUUCAUCACAGCUAGUUGAAAAGCUGCCAUCUUCUCAGGGUGUUGAUCCCCCAAAGGUUCUCAUGGAUCUGUCCAUUGUGAUAGAGUCUACUCGCCCAGAUAAAGGGAAGUCUCCACAGAUGGCAGAUAAAAAUACUAAAUGCUUGCAUUUUUCCUUACAACAUGCCGAUGCCAUGGUGCGCUCCAUCCGGGACUUGUACACUUCUUGGGGACAAGUAAAGACAUCUUCUGCUUUCCCAGAGGAAAACAUGAAUAAUCUUAAGCAAUCAGUAUUUGAGUACGUUUCUUUCAUGGACAUAGAUAUUGGCAAGGCUAGUGCUACCAGACAAAAAGAUAAAUUUGAGCUUUUAAGCGUGAAAUUGGCGCAACCACUUAAACUUCCAUCGCUCAACGUUUCUUUUGAAUUUAAGGAGACGUUGAAGAGGGAGUUCAUGAUGGGAGGCGAUUUACGAAUGCUUUUCAGGCCACUUUGCCUGUUGAGAGUGCUUCUCAGUCUCUUUGCCUGCCAUUACAGCAAUGCAAUUAAGAAGGUGGUCUGA